CAUUUUUGGACUAGGCAACUUCCGAUUCAAUGACGACUGCUGUUACGCUACUAUCAAAAUAGGGAACAUGACGGAGGAAAUCUAACUAUUGGUGCACUGAAAAUCCCCAUAAAUGCUGCGAUAGUAUAUCAGGGUUCAGUGUGUGCGUCAGGUGUGGAUGGAGUCAGUAACAUCAGAGCACCCAGCAUAGUUAUCACAGACAGGACAACCCGAAGUAGUCCGUGUUCAGACCAACAGCCUGCACAUCGGCAGGCAGGGGGAGAAUGGUCAAGUACUUCUCUAACGAUGUAGACAUCAGGACCACGUGGGACCAUGUUGUCUCUGCCUUCUGGCAGAGGUAUCCCAACCCAUUCAGUACCCAUGUUCUCACGGAGGACGUGGUGCUCCGCGAGGUGACGGCGGACCAGCGGCUUCUCUCCAGACGCCUGCUCACCAAGACCAAUCGAAUGCCUCGCUGGGCCGAGUUCCUCUUCCCCUCCAACCUAUCACGCUCCGUCUACAUCGUAGAGGACUCCGUCGUCGACCCGGUCACCAAGAGCCUCACCACGUACACCUGGAACCUCAAUCACACUACGUUAAUGACUGUGGAGGAGCGCUGCGUGUUCCAGGAGUCAGAGGACCGGCCUGCCUUCACGCUGCUCAGACGAGAGGCCUGGAUCUCUUCUGGAGUCUACGGCUUCUCCAGACCUAUCCAGGAGUUUGGCUUGGCCCGCUUCAAGAGCAACCAGGUGAAGGCCAUGAAGGGCCUGGAGUACGCUCUGUCUAACUUACACGGAGAGGCACCCCAGCGCCAACCCUGCGUCCGGGACACAGUGAAGACUGCUACAGAGAAAGCCAAGACCCUGGCCUCGGCCGCCUCCCCGCAGAAACAGCCCCAGCAGUACGUGUGACAACGGGAACAUCCACUGCCACCGGCUGGAACGGGACACUGUGCACGCAGGGCAGGCACAAGCAACACAUUCACAUGCAACACACAGGCUGGCCAAUUCUGAUCUUUUUAAGAGCUGAUCUGAUUGGUCAAAAGACCAAUUUGUAAGGAAAAACAAAUCAGAAUUGAGCUGUGCAUGCACACACUCUUUUAGCUGCCUUUUCAUCGACUGGAAGCUUGCUUGUAUCAAGGUCUUGGUGUACAGUAUGUGUACAAUAUGUCCAUCUAAACCACUAACAGCUCUGCCCCUCUGGGGUUAGGCUCUGCCCCUCUGGGGUUAGGCUCUGCCCCUCUGGGGUUAGGCUCUGCCCCUCUGGGGUUAGGCUCUGCCCCUCUGGGGUUAGGCUCUGCCCCUCUGGGGUUAGGCUCUGCCCCUCUGGGGUUAGGCUCUGCCCCUCUGGGGUUAGGCUCUGCCCCUCUGGGGUUAGGCUCUGCUCCUCUGGGGUUAGGCUCUGCUCCUCUGGGGUUAGGCUCUGCUCCUCUGGGGUUAGGCUCUGCUCCUCUGGGGUUAGGCUCUGCUCCUCUGGGGUUAGGCUCUGCUCCUCUGGGGUUAGGCUCUGCUCCUCUGGGGUUAGGCUCUGCUCCUCUGGGGUUAGGCUCUGCCCCUCUGGGGUUAGGCUCUGCUCCUCUGGGGUUAGGCUCUGCCCCUCUGGGGUUAGGCUCUGCCCCUCUGGGGUUAGGCUCUGCCCCUCUGGGGUUAGGCUCUGCCCCUCUGGGGUUAGGCUCUGCCCCACUGGGGUUAGGCUCUGCCCCUCUGGGGUUAGGCUCUGCCCCUCUGGGGUUAGGCUCUGCUCCUCUGGGGUUAGGCUCUGCUCCUCUGGGGUUAGGCUCUGCUCCUCUGGGGUUAGGCUCUGCUCCUCUGGGGUUAGGCUCUGCUCCUCUGGGGUUAGGCUCUGCUCCUCUUGUUUUCAUUAGCCUAGCAUUAAUACGUCUCAGGUACUGAGCCCCUGUUUGACUGCCUGCUACAACCUAGGGACAUGUUCAAUAGGCCCCAAACGCGAGAAAAUGUUCUCAAACCGAGUGAAACUGAGAUAAAAGUAUGUGGACAGCCCUUCAAAUGAUUGGAUUUGGCUAUUUCAGCCACAUGUUGCUGACAGGUGUAUAAAACCAAGGACAGUCAUGCAAUCUCCAUAGACAAACAUUGGCCUUACUGAAGAGCUCAGUGAUUUAACGUGGCACCGUCAUAGGAUGCCACCUUUUCAUCAAGUCAGUACGUCACAUUUCUGUCCUGGUCAACGAAGUGCUGUUAUUGUGAGGCGGAAACGUCUAGGAGCAACAACAAGCUCACAGAAUGGGACUUCCGAGUUCCAAACUGCCUCUGGAUGCAACGUAAGCGCAAUAAUUGUUCGUCGGGAGCUUCAUGAAAUGGGUUUCCAUGGUUGAGCAGGCGCACAAAAGCCUAAGAUUACCAUACGCAAUGCAAAGUGUCGGCUGGAGUGGUGUAAAGCUCGCUACCAUUGGACCAGCGGAAAUGCAUUCUUUGGAGUGAUGAAUCCCGCUUCACGAUCUCUCUGUCUGACGGACGAAUCCGGGUUUGGCGGAAGCCAGGAGAACACUACCUGCCCCAAUGCAGAGUGCCAAAUGUAAAGGUUGGUGGAGGAAGAAUAAUGGUCUGUGGUGGUUUAUGGUUCGGGCCCCUUAUUUCCAGUGAAGGGAAAUCUUAACUCUACAGCAUGCAAUGACAUUCUAGACGUUUCUGUGCUUCCAACUUUGUGGCAACAGUUUGGGGAAGCCCUUUCCUGUUUCAGCACAAUGCCCCCGUGGACAAAGCCAGGUCCAUACAGAAACGGUCUGUCGAACUUGACUGGCCUGCACAGAGCCCUGACCUCAACCCCAUCGAACACCUUUGGGAUGAAUUGGAACGCCGACUGCAAGCCAGGCCUCUUGCCCAACCUCACUGGCUGAAUGGAAGCAAGUCCCCGCAAAAAUGUUCCAACAUCUAGUGGAAAGCCUUCCCAGAAGAGUGGAGGAUGUUAUAGCCGCAAAGGGGGGGACCAACUCCAUAUUAAUGCCCAUGAUUUUGGAAGAGCAGGUGUCCACAUACUUUUGGUCAUGUAGGGUACUUUCUGAACUUAUCCAAAAUAAACACUUUUCUGUUGCAAAAUGUUUUUAUAUGGUGUGCCAUAAUGAACACGACCCUGACUUGAGGAAGCUCUGGGAUACAUCUCUUGUGCACCCAGUGAGGCCUGUUUUGAAAAGCAUAACGUGACAAAUCAGACAUGCCAAAUAACAGUGAUGGUACCAAGACAAGCUGAAGAAAUAAUAUAAAUUCCACAACACUGGAUGCAUGCUGGAGUUGGAGAGUUUAUCAAAUAAUAUAAAUGAUUAGUAAUUAUUGUAUUACCCUUCAACUGUGUCGUUUGACUGAAUUUGUCAGUGAGGUCUACGAUUGAUCUGUUGGAUAUAUCAAGCUAUAUCAAAUUAGGAAUUUGACUUGACAUUUACCAGGGACAGUUGAUGUAUUUAAUUUGUUUUAUUGUACAUUAAUAAUGUAUUAGUCCGACAUUGGUUUGUCUGUCUCUUAAUAUUUUUUGCUACAUUCCUUUAAGGUAGAACUAGCUAUUAUGAUUUUGAAAUCAUUUUGGCUGUGAUUUUAGACUGGAGGAAAUUGUCAUAAGUCUUAACAUUGAAAUAAUACUGCACUUAAAUAAACAUCUGAUUUAAUGUUAUUUGGGAUACAACUUUAUCAGUCUUAUUUCAUUUAGUUUUGGUUCAGGCAUUGUAAACUCCUGCAUAUUAUUGUCAUGAAAUCGGGUAAUGUUCAAUGCCAUGGUUGUCAUAUUCUUAUGAACUAAGUCGCUGUGAUGCUAUUGCAGUAAUCUGACAACAGGGGGCCUGAAACAAGCCUGUGGAAGUUCAGCCAACUAUUUAAAGGGGCAGUGCAGUCAGUGAUUUAUAUAGGUUGCAAUAAUACUGUGAAAUUGUCCUUUUUAGCAUGAGAGCUGUUGGAAAAGACUGCCUGGACUUCUUGCAUUUUGCUAAGAAACUAUUCUUUCUUUGACGAUUUUAACUCUGGGUUUUAAUUGUUACCCAGAACUGAUUUGAUAUAAAAACGGCUGCAUUGGACCUUUUUAUAUUACUGUUUAUCAUUAUCUCCAUAAAUCACUUCACCGUCC